AGGUAAGGACUUUUACCACCUGAUAUGGAGUAAAUUUUUCGUUUUGGUCUACGGACAGAGACUCAAAGGCGUCGAUUGUUUAUUUCAGUACAAACACACUUCACACCAAGUACAAAAGUAAAGGGAGAAACAGAAAAAAGUGACAGCUCCAAAUGGGUAGUCAACGAGAGGCUGCGCAACCGCAACAGCAACAGCCACCAGUUCAACCACCACCAUCGGUGUUACUCCUCCCCUUACCACUACAAGGCCCAAUAAACUGCUUCCUAAAGCUAGCUCACCUCCUCACUCUCUCCUCCGACCACCUUAACAUCACCUUCCUCAACGCCGAGUUCGUCCACCAACGACUCCCCGACCUCCCCACACGGCUUCCUCGUGUCAAUUUCUCCCUUUUCUCCGACGGAGUACCCGGCGACGACCCCCGUCCUCCGGAGAAGUUCGCCUCUAUGGUCAGUUUCUUUGAGAAUGAGGUCAUCCGAUGUUUGCCGGAGUUCCUGAAAUCACCGGCGCCGGCGACGUGCUUGGUUGUCGAUGGGGUGUUUCCUGCGGUGGUAGAGAGAGCUAAAGAGUUGGGGAUUCCGGUGGUUUAUUUUUCGACGCUGAGUCCUUGUUGUAUUUGGGCUAACAGCUUUCUGGUUCCUAAGCUCUUUGAUUCUGGGGAAGUUCCAUUCAAGAAAGGGAUGGAUCUGAAUGAGCCAGUAAGUGACAUUCCAGGAGAAGAAGAGAUCUCCUUAAGGUGGUGUGACCUUCCCGGUAUUUGCCGAACUCAUGACACAACAGAUCCUUACAUCCAACUAGUACUUAAAGAGUGCCGAGAAUUGCCAAAGGCUCAAGGACAUAUACUAAACACUUUUGAUGACCUAGAAGAACACCUACUUGCUGAACUCCGUUCUCUUUGUCCUAACCUCUACACAAUCGGUCCAAUCCACCUGCAUUCUAGGACCAGACUAGAACCAGUAACCGAGCAAAGAGUAACAUCCAACAGUUUAUGGCAAGAAGAUAGAAACUGCAUAACAUGGCUUGAUUCUCAACCUUCAGAAUCAGUUAUUUUUGUAAGUUUUGGAAGUGUGGUUCCCAUGACAAUAGACCAGCUAAUUGAGUUUCAGUACGGUCUGGUGAAUAGUGGGGUGCGGUUCCUUUGGGUUAGGCGGCCCGGCUCACUAGUUGGAAUCGAAGACAGUUCCUUACAAGUCCCAACAGAGAUUCUGGAAGAAAGGGGGUUUAUUGUAGAGUGGGCCCCACAGGAAGAGGUCCUGGCACACCGGGCCAUUGGUGGGUUUUUGACUCAUAGUGGGUGGAAUUCGACACUGGAGAGCAUCGUAGAAGGAGUGCCUAUGCUGUGUUGGCCUAAUGGUAUCGAUCAACUGGUGAUUAGUAGGUUUGUGGGAGACGUGUGGAAGAUUGGAAUCGACAUGAAAGAUAAAUGUGAUAGGGUUGUAAUUGAGGAUAUGGUGAGGGAUCUUAUGGUGAGGAGGAGGGAUGAGUUUUCAAAGAGGGCGGAUCGUUUGUCCAAGUCGGCAGCUCAAGCCGUGAGGGAAGGUGGGUCGUCGUGGCAAGGUUUACAUCGUCUGAUUCAAGACAUAAAAUUCAUGAGACUGCAGGUACAUUCUGAAACUGUACCAAAAUGAACACAUGAUAUACUAAUAUCAGAGCCAAAGUUUGCUGGUGCAGUGUCUGACUAAUCUGGUAUAGAAUUGAAGAAGGGUGCAUAGUAUUGAACGAUAUGGAAUUAGACUAGUUGAAAACUUGGAAAGUUCACAUAAUAUAAGGUUUUUCCCAUA